CUCUCUCCCCCUUCAAAACCCUACCCCCCGCCCCUUCCUCCCUUACCUCUUCUCGCUCGCCAUGUCCGAGGUCGAGGGCUCCAGCCUCCCGCCGACCGAGCUCCGGCUUCCGUCGCCCCACCAGCACGCGCAACAGAUCCUCCGCCCCGCCUCCCACCGCCACUUCCCCUUCUCCCCCGCCCUCGCCCUCGAUCCGCACCUCCUCCCCCGCCGAUCGCCCGGACCCACCGACAAGGACCGCAUCGCCGCCCCCGACGCCUCCGUAAAAAAACAAACAAAUGGAACAGAAAUAAAGAAAGUUGAGAGUGGUGAAGGGCCUGUUGGACAAAGGCAGAAGGAGGAAACCGGAUCUCAUAUACUUCCAACUGAGUCAGGAACAGGUGUCAAGUGUCCACGAAAACCACAGCAUUCAAAACAUAAAAAAGCAGUACAGCAGCAGUUGCCUGGACUAGCUGAGGGAAACGUUUCAAAUAUCUUAAAUCCUAGCAGCUGCCGCUACGACAGUUCUCUAGGUUUGUUGACAAAGAAAUUCGUCAAUCUGCUUCAGCAAGCUGAUGAUGGGACUCUUGAUUUGAACAGAGCAGCAGAAAUUUUGGAUGUCCAAAAGAGGAGGAUUUAUGAUAUAACAAAUGUUCUUGAAGGAGUAGGAUUGAUUGAAAAAAACUUGAAGAAUAGGAUAAGUUGCAAGGGAAUUGAUAUGUCAAGGCCCAAGGAGAUGGAUGAUCAAGUUGCUGCAUUGAAGGCUGAAGUUGAAACUCUGUAUACAGAAGAUUGCAGCCUGGAUGGAAUGAUCAGAGAGAUGCAAGAUAAUCUCAGAAUUCUGACUGAAGAGGAGAACAGCCAAAAAUGGCUCUAUCUCACCAAUGAUGAUAUUAAUAACCUUCCUUGCUUUGAGGAUUCUACUCUAAUUGCAAUAAAAGCACCUCGAGGAACUAGUAUUGAAGUUCCAGAUCCUGAUGAGGGUCUUGAUUUUCCACAAAGACGAUACCAAUUACUUUUCAGAAGCUCAAUGGGUCCUGUUGAUAUGUACUUGAUCAGCAAUCAUGGAGAGAUAUACGAGGCUUCAAAUCAAAACCAACAGCCAGCUGCAAUGGAUUUGUAUGUUGAGAGUAGCUGCAAGAAUGAUAUGUCUUUUCAGCCAGCAGACAAGCAUACAGGUGGAACAUCUGAGCGAGGACACGACCAAGCUACUCUUUCUAACAAUUUGGGUUCAACCGCUGCACAAGAAUGCAUGGGUGGCAUUGUGAAGAUUGUCCCAUCAGAUGAUAUGGACACUGAUUACUGGUUUGUAUCAGAUCCUGGAGUCACUGUUUCAGACACAUGAACUGAAUAUAUCCUUGAACUAGAGCCCGAUUACCCUUC